GUCUUCCCCAUGAGGGCUCUGAAAGGGCCGCACUUAAUGAGGAUGGAUUGACAAAGAGGUGGCUCGUAGGCUAUAAAAGGCAUUCCACAGUCAGGAGCAGCUCAGUCCGGGGUGUGCUGUUGGUUCACUCGCUCCAAGCAUGGUCAGGUCCCUUGGCAGGCACCCCUGGAGGUUGGGUGGCCCGUGGCUGCUGGGUCUCCUGGCCCGCCUGCUGCUCUGGGGCUCUGCAGGCGCCUGGGCGAGCUACCUGAGGAGAUCCUCCAGCUGCAUGCCCAUCCCUCAGCGCAUGGCCUUGUGCUACGACAUCGGCUACUCCGACAUGAGGAUCCCCAACCUGCUGGAGCAUGAGACCAUGACAGAAGUCAUCCAGCAGUCUUCCAGCUGGCUGCCCUUGCUAGCCAGGGAGUGCCACCCAGACGCUAGGAUUUUCCUCUGCUCCCUCUUUGCACCCAUCUGUUUGGACAGGCUCAUCUUUCCCUGCCGCAGCCUCUGCGAAGCCGUCAAGAGAAGCUGUGCGCCCGUCAUGGCUUGUUACGGCUACCCCUGGCCCGAAAUCCUCAACUGCAACAAGUUCCCUGCAGAUCAUGAGCUGUGCAUUGCAGCAGUCUCCGUGGACGAAAAUUCCUCAAGCAAGAGAACAGUGCCCCGAGCCAGCUGCAAGGACUGUGAGCUUGAGGAGGCCAGCACUGCCAGGGAGAUCCUGGAAAGUCUCUGUGCAAAUGAUUUUGCAGUGAAAAUCCGAAUCCUGAGGAGGAACACCACCACCACCAUCUCAGACUUUGACCUGGACCCCUCCAAAGUGGAGGUGCUGAAGCACGGCCCACUGCUCAGAACUGAAAUCCCUGCCAGGCUCCAGCAGUGGCUGGACAUAGACGCCACCUGCGCCCACAACAUCAUGCGAGGCACUCAGGCAGGGGUCUUCGUUGUCAGUGGUGACGUGCAGAGUGACAAAGUGGUGGUGAACAAGGCCUAUGCCUGGCAGAAGAGGAACAGGAACCUGCACCAGGCAGUGAGGAGGUGGAAACAUCACCGCUGCCCUGAACAGGCAGGAUGGAAGGUCUGA